CCGUUAAGAUGAAGACACGUAAGAGACUCACAGAGAAGCGAUGCCAGCCUUCCUGACGGCGUUGGAGAUGCUCUUGACUGCAGUCUGGAUGGCCAUCACCAGCAUGAUGGGGACACCAAUGGAGUUCUCCUUUGCUCAGACAACACUUGCACCCAAUGAGACAGACCUUGAGCUGAACGAGCAAUUGUGGCAGCCAGAUAAACACAGCUGUAACCAGUAUGUCACUCAGAACAAGACAUCUUGGCUACACACUGGCUAUGAAGGCAUCCCAGAAAACUUGCUCAUUAACGUCCUUGCGUGGCUUUUGCUGCUGUCCCUGUUCACUGUACUGAGGAAAAAGGCGUGGAACUAUGGGCGGCUGGCUCUGGUGCAGAAGUACGAGAGUCGAAUAAAGAACCUUGGAUUCAGUCAGUACAAUGUGUGGACGCAGCUGUUCUAUGGACAAGAGUCAGACACUGGGAAAAUGGCAGCAGAGGUGGACUCAGUCUCUUCACUGGAGUUCAACUUGCAGUUAGACAAAGGUUACUUCUCAUGGAUUCCAGCUCUUUUCAAGAUCAAAGAUGAACAAAUCCUGGCAAAGAGUGGAAGAGAUGCAGUGCAGUACUUGUCUUUCCAGCGGCACAUUGUUAUUUACCUGGUGAUUGUGUGCAUCAUCAGCAUCUCCAUUGUCCUGCCCAUCAACUUUCAGGGCACACUGGAGGGAGGAAAGAAAGAGUUUGGCCACACCACCAUGGCCAAUCUCAACCCACAGUCAAGACUGAUGUGGAUCCAUGUCACCCUGGCCUUCCUUUUCUUGCCUUUGGGUAUUGUGUUCACCAGGAGGUUCUCUAAGAAGCUUGACUUGAAGGAGGUGACCACCAGUGCCUCCAGGACCCUCAUGAUAACACGAGUGCCCCGCAGAGCUUGUCACAAGGAUACCAUUCUCAAACACUUCCAGGAAGCUUACCCAGAUUUGGAGGUACAAGAUGUGCAGUUUGCCUAUGACAUAAAGUCCCUGAUUGAGUAUGACAAAGAAAGGGAGGUGGCACGUAAUGCCCGGCUGUACUGUGAGGCUUACCUGAAGGAGACUAACAGGAGACUGGACAUGCGGCCCUACAAGUGUGGUGUCAUCUGUGGCUGCUGUGAUAUAUUUGGCUGUCCUACAGUUGAUGCUAUUGAGUUCUAUGGUGAAGAGGAAAUGCGACUGAGUGGUGAAGUUGAGAAUGAAAAAGUGAAGGCACUGCAGAGACCAACAGGUGUAGCAUUCCUCACCUUCGACAGCAUUGAGAACGCCAAUAAAGUCCUUCGUGACCACAAGAACAAGUGUGACUGCUCCCGCAACAUUCCUGCCUCCUCGGUCUCAAGUGAACUCAAGCCCUACAACUGGUUCAUCCGAGUUGCCCCUUCACCUGAGGAUAUUUACUGGGCCAACUUGUCUGUCACUAACCGUCACUGGUGGCUGAAGGCAGUGAUCAUCAACAUCAUCCUCUUUGUGAUUCUCUUCUUCCUCACCACACCAGCUGUGGUCAUCAACAGCCUUGAUCUCCUUCCAAUCCAGGGAAAACUUUAUACUAUGAGCCCACUGCUGUCUGAGUUCUUCCCCACCCUGCUGCUGUGGAUCAUGGCCGCCCUCAUGCCCGUCAUUGUGUCGUACUCAGACCAGUUCAUGAGUCACUGGACACGCUCCGUCCAGAACCAUUCCAUCAUGAGGAAGACCUUCAUCUUCCUUCUCUUUAUGGUCAUCAUCUUGCCAUCCCUUGGCCUCACCAGUGCUAAAGGUUUUGCGGAGAUGAUGUUCAGACCCCAGAAUGAGACCUUUCGCUGGGAGUGUAUCUUCCUGCCUGACAAUGGCGCUUUCUUCAUCAACUAUGUCAUCACUUCAGCUUUUAUUGGCACUUCUCUGGAGCUGAUUCGCUUUCCUGAGCUUUUCAUGUACAUCCUGCGGCUUGGCCUGUCCCGGUCCCAGGCCGAGACAGCCAGUGUGAGACAGGCCAUCUUGUAUGAGUUCCCCUUUGGUGUGCAGUAUGCCUGGAUGAUGCUGAUCUUCGCCAUGACCAUCAUCUACUCUGUGUCCUGUCCUCUCAUCACUCCCUUCGGAACACUCUACAUGAUAUUCAAGCAUCUUGUGGACAAAUACAACAUCUACUUUGCUUAUGGAAGAUCUGUCAUCAGCAAGAAGAUCCAUACUACUGCCAUUAACUUUGUGAUAGUGUCCAUAGUUUGUCUACAGCUAAGCCUCCUCUUCUUUUCCUUGCUGAGACAGGGGCUGAAGAAAGACCUCACUAUAUACAGCAUAGUACUCCUGAUAAUCACUUGCCUUGUGUUUGUCACGCACAACACACUGCACUGGUUCAAGGAGCUCAGUCCUGUGGAGUAUAAGGAAUUUGGCAGUGAUCAACCAAAUGGGGAGGUGUCUUCUGUGAGUGAAGAUGGACUGGACCCUGACGCCUCGCCAACAGAGGUAGCAUGCCAGUUUGUACCAUCUGUGUUGCGAGACGCUCCCUCUGGGGUGGAAUCCAGUUAUUCCUUUAUCGGGGGUGGCCAGCCCCCCUCGCAGCUAUGGAACACAGCCCCUGGAUGAUGACGGAAGCUUCCUAGGGAGUGAGGCCCCAAUGAGAGGAAGUGGAUCCCUUUACCAAGACUAUUCUCAGCCUAAGGUCCGGACAAUCAAUGCAGAGAUCAACACCCCAGCCCCUCAGCCCUGUCCCGGGGAGGAGGCAGCAGAAGAAGAGGAAGAGCUUUACACCCGUGGCUCCCCAACGGUAGUGACAGUGGACGGAACAGUUACUGUUCCAAUUAGUGGUGAUCCCAGUGGUGCCCUCCACAGCCAGAAGCACAGUCACCUGGCCUCAGACCAAAGUGCUCCUGCUACUAAUGUUUAGGUUGGUGUGUAACUGCUCUUUAUAAUGAGUGCAUGGGGAGUGGUGAUGCUUGUUAAUGGGGUAGUGGGUAAUAGUAUUCUGUAAGCUUUAAGAGCUGCCUGAUUAAUGAGCAACCACAUUAGCUGCCAUUGACAGAGGGAGCUGUGCUAGAAAAAUCCAAAAAGGUUAUAAUCAUUAUAUGAUUACAAGCUUAGGUGUGUUCCUGAUUUUGUUCAGGGUAUUGUUGUAAAUUACAGUAAGAAAAGCUGGCUUAUGAAUUUUCACCUUGUCAUAAAAGUAGAAGUAGUGUUUCUUGUCAUGUAACCACUCAGAUGACAUACAGUAGUGUAAAAUUUAAAUCUAACUAACAAGUAGCAUAGAGGGAUUGAUUAGUGACCAUCAGAGGUUUGGUGAUAAAGUGGCAUCUGGUAAGAUAUCAUUAAUUAACUUUAUACACUUGAAGGAAUCCCAGAUAGGAUUUGUUUUCUUCAUAUUUUAGAGGAAGAGAUUGCUGUGACUCCCUAAAUAAAACCUUUAUGCUUCAAAGAAUACACUAAGAGAAAGACAGGAUUCCACUUAGCUUACUCAUUAAUGACCCCAUAAGAAUAUAUCUGUGCAAAGCAAGGCCAUGGAUUGUAAGCCGUUCAGAUAAAGCCACCACUCAUACAAUGGGCAUGGAGUAGCUGGAUCACGUCCACCAUGUGUAUAGGUGAGGUGCUGCGGAUCAAUGGUGUGGAACUCAGGCACAGGAUCACACCACCAGUGAAGGGUACGAUUCUUCAAGCAACAGUUUCCAAUAUUUUUGUUACCAAGUAGCACAUAUGAAGAGUAUCCUGGAUGACCUACAAGCCAUGUUAAAUAUGUACAAGUAACAUGGCUUAUAAACGAUUCCUUCACAUACUGGUAGUUUGACAGGUUUUGUAUUUUGUAUUUUUGUAGAAUGUGUAGCAGUGUAUAUUUGGUUUUAGCAAGGUAAUGUAUGCCUGCUUUAUUUAUUGCAAAUAGAAUGUAGUGGGGAAUGAUAAGCAAGCACAAGUGAUGGUUAAUCAAUUAUGUCAGCCAGAUAUAGGUCAUUACAGUCAUUAACUUAUUAUACUUAAAUCCUUAGCACACCUUCCCUUAUGUGAUAAGACUACUGUAGCUCCUGCUUGCACAUUUUCAACCAAAGCUGAGAACCAAAUUAUGAAUUGUACUAAGAUAAGAUGUUGAGAUGCCCGUUAUCCUUGGGGAAAAAAAAAAAAAAAAAACUAAAGAAUACUGGCCAUUAUUUUUGUACACAAAAUAUUUUCUUGACCAACCUUCAGCAGAGAUAUUGAAAUUACAGAGGAGAAACAAGCGAGGUAUGGUCUUGUGAGUGAUUUUAAUCUUAACCAAAAUCCCUAAUAUAUAACUUUGAUGAAGCUAGGAAGGAAUACAUAACUCGUAGCCUAGACCACCCUGAAGCAACUUACUACUGAAGAUUGCCUUUGGGUUUUCAAAUUCAAGGCGUCUCCAUGAGUGUAGUGUAGUCCAUGGUAACCUGAAGCCACAUGUAAUAUUUUAGCAUGUAGGGAACUUACUGAAGCACUGCUGAUGUCUCUUUAAUGUUACAGGGUUUUGUAGAAUUAUGAGUUUGCUGACUGUGUGUACUAAUCAUUGCACUCAAUGCAGGUGUUGUUCCUAAUUGUGCUCAUAUUUGUAUGUUUACUUUGCCCCAUAUUGAUGUUGUGUAUGUUGAACAAUAAUUUGUGAAUGACUGAGUUAUAUUUUAAAAACGACUGAUAAUUUGGUGUUACCAGUUUCCUUUCGAAAAGAUACAUGGCUUACUGUAAUAUAAAACUUUGGAUUUUCUUGAUUGAUCCAUAUUAUUUUAGGAUAUAAUGUAUAGAGUUCAUGGAACCUGUGGUAAUGUUAAUAGUUUUUUUUUUUUAUGCAAAUAUACUUGCAUAUUCAGAUUGUGUUUGAUAGAAUUUAAAAGAGCUCAUGCAUAGGUGUCUGUUGUGCCAUUUUACUGUACUGUAUAGAUACAUAACUUAUUAAUGUCUAUAUAAAUCAGUCAACACUGGCUUAUUACAGUCAUAUGACCAUGUAGCUUCUCCAUAUAACUAGUGAGGAUCCCUCCUUUGAUGAGAGCCAGCAUUACAAAGCUGCAAACCACUGCAUGAUUGUGUUGGCGCCCCAGUGCACUGCAGGUAGUAAGUCAGGCAGUAGUGGUGUAGGAUUGGUGUCCUGCCGCCUGGCACUGCACGGCAACACACCCUGGGUCACACUUCUUACUUUUCCCAUGCUGCACAACGCGGGGCACUGCCAGCAGUAACUCAUUUGAUGCCUUGUAAUAUUUCUUGGUCAGUUUGUCACACACACACACACACACACACACACACACACACACACACACACACACACACACACACAUAUGGUGAAAUGCAUACAUUUCUAUACCAUUAUGAAUUUUUAUUUUUAGAAUUUUGACACACACACACACACACGCAAGUAAAUGUGGAUGGUGCGGAGUGACCUUCCACAGGCACCACUAAGCCAAGGUUUGGUGGCCCCGUGUGGCACUAGAUUUGGCUGGGCUGUCUUUAUUUUUUAUGUCUGUGUCAUAUCUAAUAAAAUCUCAAAUUAUAUUUUGUCACACCAGAUGAAAGGUCGAAUUAUAUUUUUUGAUUAUUCCACCAAUUGUAUCUGAUUAUAAUUUAUUAUAGUUUGCUGGAUGUGCUCUGCUUAAGCUCUAUAGUGAUAUACAUACAAAUAGUAUAUUUUGUGCCUAAUAUCUGAAUUUCUUAAUAAACCUUAAAGGCAA